AUGCGUCCCAGCCACGCCUGGUUGGCGACCACGACGCUGCUCCUCACACUCCAGCAUACCGAAAUGAAACACGGCACCCAAUUAUCAGAUGACUUUCAAAUCAGCCCAACCACGAGGCACCACCACAGACAUCGACAUAAGCAAACUGAACCCCCAUUUUUGGAACCAUUGGUGGAUAGAAAAUUAAAAUACUCAUACUAUGAUCCUCUCGUUAGUUUCAGAGAAAAGGCCCAUUUAGAUAAAAGCUUGAUCGGUUAUGAUAUGGUCGUCGAUGAUAGGCAAAAUGAUUGGUUAAAUAUGUCAAAAGACCAAAUGAGUGAACUGAAUAAAAAGCAUCAGCACUGGCCUAUCAAAAGGGAAGCUGUGAUAGAAGGAGAUUUAGUACUCGGUGGUCUGAUGAUGGUCCAUGAAAGAUCGGAUAAUAUGACAUGUGGGCCAGUGAUGCCUCAAGGUGGGGUCCAGGCUUUGGAGACGAUGCUAUAUACCCUUGAUUUUAUUAAUCAUAAAUUGAAACUUAUCCCGGGUGUUGUGAUUGGUGCUCAUGUGCUCGAUGAUUGUGAUAGAGACACGUAUGGUCUAGAAAUGGCUGUGGAUUUUAUUAAAGGUUCGAUCAGUAACAUCGAUGAUGCAGAAUACGCUUGCAACGCGACAGCAAUGAGGAAGGUGAUUUCCGGUGUAGUUGGUGCUGCGUCAAGCGUCACCUCAGUACAAGUUGCGAACUUAUUGCGACUUUUUAAAAUACCUCAGGUCUCUUUCUUCUCGACGUCACCAGAACUAUCGAACAAGGCACGCUUCGAAUACUUCACUAGGACCAUCCCAUCUGACUUACAUCAGGUGCGUGCUAUGGUGGAGAUUGUGAAGAAGUUAAAGUGGAGUUACGUUUCCAUUAUUUACGAGGAAUCGAGCUACGGAAUUAAGGCAUUUGAAGAGCUAGAAGCACUUCUAGCAAGAAAUAGCAUCUGUAUAGCAGUGAAGGAGAAGCUAGUUAAAGAUUCAGGAGUAGCAGACGAGAAAGCCUAUGACGACAUCGUACAGAAGCUACUGACCAAACCACGAGCCCGAGGUGCAAUCAUUUUCGGGUCAGAUCAAGAAGUGGCUGGGGUCAUGAGAGCAGUUGAACGCGUGAACGCAACUGGAGCCUUCAGCUGGGUGGGGUCAGAUGGUUGGAGCGCCAGAGCUCUCGUCUCUGAUGGGAAUGAACGUGCAGUGGAGGGUACGAUCAGUGUGCAACCCCAAGCUAACGAUGUAGCAGGCUUCAAGGAGUAUUUCUUGGAACUUAACGUGAAAAACAAUAAAAGGAAUCCUUGGUUUGUGGAAUUCUGGGAACACCACUUCCAAUGCCGCUAUCCUGGUAGUCUCAGGACACCCUACAACGGAAAGUACGCGCGUUCGUGCUCAGGUCUCGAACGUCUCACAGUCAACAAUACAGAGUUUGAACGACAGCUUCAGUUCGUCUCUGACGCUGUCAUGGCUUUCGCUUACUCCAUCAGAGACAUGCAUAUGGAGGUAUGCGGAGGAAGACAUGGUCUGUGCGACGCCAUGCGACCUACUAGUGGUGCUGAUCUUCUACGAUUUUUGAGAAAAGUUAAUUUCACCGGUCUCAGUGGAGACGAGUUUCAUUUCGACGUGAACGGCGAUGGACCAGCAAGAUACAACAUUCUGCAUUUCAAGCAAGUGUCAAGAGGUGUCUACCAUUGGGUCAAGGUGGGGCAGUAUCUAGAUGGAGCACUGCAGUUACAUCUUAAUGAAAUCCAAUUUAAAUGGGGCGAACGAAGACCGCCAGAAUCGGUGUGCAGCGCGGAAUGUGAGCUGGGGCAAGCCAAGCAGUACGUGGAAGGGGAAAGCUGCUGCUGGCAUUGUUUCAACUGCACUCAAUAUGAGAUUCGAUCACCGUUUAUGGAGACAGCCUGCAUGGUGUGUCCACGGGGCACACUACCGGAUCCCACCAGAACAGAAUGCAAACCCAUCCCAGAAGCUUAUCUAAGACCUGAUUCGGCUUGGGCGAUUGGUGCUAUGUCGUUCUCAUCUGUAGGAAUAUUGCUGACUGCGUUUGUAUGCGGAGUGUGGGUCCGUCACAGUUCGACUCCUGUGGUACGUGCGAGUGGGAGGGAACUAUCUUACGUCCUUCUUGCUGGCAUCCUAAUGUGCUACCUUGUGACCUUCGCGUUGGUCUUCCGACCUACGGACAUACUGUGCUCCAUUCAGAGAUUCGGCACUGGGUUCUGCUUCACAGUGGUGUACGCGGCUCUCCUCACCAAGACUAACCGGAUAUCGAGAAUCUUCAACGCCAGCAAGCACUCUGCUAAGCGUCCUAUCCUCAUCUCACCGAGCUCGCAGCUCGCGAUAUGUGCCGCUCUCGUGUCCAUACAGGUGCUGAUCGUGGUAGUAUGGAUGAUAGUGGCACCAGCGCGCGCCAUGUUCCACUACCCCACCAGAGAAGACAACAUGCUCGUCUGCGACUCCUACGUGGACGCGUCUUACAUGAUCGCCUUCUUCUACCCCAUCGUUCUGAUCGUGGUGUGCACGGUCUACGCAGUUCUCACCAGGAAGAUACCUGAAGCCUUUAAUGAAAGCAAACAUAUUGGUUUCACGAUGUACACUACAUGUGUGAUAUGGCUGGCCUUCGUCCCUCUGUACUUCGGCACGGCGAGCCACGUGCCUCUGAGGAUCACCAGCAUGGCCGUGACUAUUUCACUCAGCGCCAGCGUCACCCUCGUCUGCUUGUUCUCUCCAAAGUUGUAUAUAAUCCUGAUCCGACCGGAGAGGAACGUGAGGCAGAGCAUCAUGCCGGUGCGCUACAGCCGCAAGCCGCCCCCGCUCGCCCCGUUGCACCCGCCCACCAAAAAACCACCGUGCUUAGACAAAGAAACUCAAACCGACACAGCCGAUUUCAACAAACUAACAAACGGGCAAACGGUUCAAGCGAAAGACGUCGAAAAUGACGAAAGAAAAGAUAAAAAUAUAAAAGAAAAGACAUCAGAAAAGACAAAAGACGACACCAAACGCAACGCGAUGAACCAAGACGAGAAAGUUAAAAAGAGUGAAAAAUCUGAUUCGUUAUAG